GCUGAAUUGUGUCCCUCCGCCGCUUCCGUCCGCGCUGACAGCAGCAGUAAAGAUGGAGAGAGACUCUACGGUCCGCAGAAUCAGAGCCCAGCAGAACCAGAACCAGAACCAGGAGAACCAGCAAAACAUUCGCGAUGAAGCGAACGCAAUGAACGGGUUCCGGAGCCGCAAACACAAGCCGGAAGUGAGUGCACAGUUGCUGAGUGAGACUUCCGCCGUGGUUCUGAUGCUCGGGUUUGUAUGUGUUCUGUGGGUUCUGGUUCUGGUCUCAGUCCAGCAGCUCGUCAUCAGCAGAAGCACGGGACAGUUCAACUCCGUCCGGGCCAGGAAGCAUCUGGAGCAGAUCACGAGCGUGGGGCCGCGGACAGUGGGGAGUCCAGAGAAUGAGAUCCUGACGGUGCAGUAUCUGCUGGAUCAGAUAGAGCAGAUCCGGGCCGCGAGCAGAACCGGGCCUCACUCCAUCACUGUGGAGGUGCAGCGGCCCACCGGCUCCUUCAGCAUCGACUUCCUCGGCGGCUUCACCAGCGUCUACGCCCGCGUCACCAACAUCGCCGUCAGACUCGAACCCAAGACCGGCGCGCAGCACUUCAUGCUCGCCAACUGCCACUUCGACUCUGUGGCCAACAGCCCGGGAGCCAGUGAUGACGCCGUCAGCUGCUCAGUGAUGUUGGAGGUUUUACACUCUCUGGCGAAUAUCUCGACUCCUCUCAAACACGGCGUGAUCUUCCUGUUCAACGGGGCUGAGGAGAACAUCCUGCAGGCGAGUCACGGCUUCAUUACCCAGCAUCCCUGGGCUCAGCAGGUGCGAGCGUUUGUGAACCUGGAGGCGGCAGGUGUGGGGGGGAAGGAGGUGGUGUUUCAGACAGGUCCAGAGAACCCGUGGCUGGUGCAGGCGUAUGUGCGAGCCGCUGUUCACCCGUUCGCCUCAGUCGUCGGUCAGGAGGUUUUCCAGAGCGGAGUCAUUCCCUCAGACACAGACUUCCGCAUCUACAGGGACUUCGGGAAUAUUCCUGGGAUUGAUCUUGCAUUCAUCGAGAACGGUUUCAUCUAUCACACCAAAUAUGACACUCCAGAGCGAAUCCACAUCGACUCCAUCCAGAGAGCAGGCGACAACAUCCUGUCGGUGCUCCAGCACCUGGUGAUGUCGGACGAGCUGGCGGAUUCCUCUGAGUAUCGCCACGGUAACAUGGUGUUCUUCGACCUGCUGGGAUUGACGGUGGUGGCGUAUCCCGCGCGCGUCGGCACCAUCAUCAACCUCAUGGCGGCCGUCGCCACGGUGAUCUACCUGGGCAGGAAGUGCAUGAUGACCAGUAGUGAGGGCGGACGAUACAUGCGUGAUCUGGCGUGUGCGGUGUGUGUGGCGGUCCUGGGUUGGUUCGUGGCUCUUCUGUCGGUUCUGAUCGUGGCUCUGCUCGUCACACUGACGGGUCGCUCCAUGUUCUGGUACACACACUUCUACGCCGCUGUCUGUCUGUACGGAUCCGUCGCCACCGGCAAGAUCCUGCUGAUACACACGCUGGCCAAGAACCUGUACUAUGGGAGCUCGAGUCGUGUGUAUCUGUCUGAGCUGUUCUUCGACGUGAGUCUGGUGUUGUGGUGUUGUGCGCUGCUCUUCCUCACUCAGCGAGGGUUGUGUUCAGCGUACGUUCCCAUGAUGAUGGUGGUGUUUCCACUCGCCAGCAAACUGAUGCUCAGAAAACACUUCAGAGCCAGAGGAGCAUCUCUGCAGUACUCUGUCCUGUACCUCGUGGGUCUCACUGUACCUUACGUCCACAUCAUGUUCCUCAUCUGGGUGGUUUUUGAGAUCUUCACACCAAUCCUGGGCCGCAGCGGAACCGAAAUACCACCGGAUGUCAUCCUGGCGUCAAUUGUUACCCUGGCAACCGUGAUUCUGUCUUCCUAUUUUAUGCAUUUCAUCUAUCUGUCGCACAGCACGAAGCGGAUGCUGGCUGGUCUGGGGUCAGUGUUCACGCUGAUGUUUGUUCUGGUCUGCUGUGGUCUGUUCUUCCCAUACUCUGGUGACCCAUCCAGUCCUCGACCCAAACGAGUCUUUGUGCAGCACACCACACGCAGGUUCCACGCACUGGACGGGUCUCUGCAGAGCUCUGACUCGGGAUUAUGGGUCAACAGUCUGGAUUACAACGGGAUGCAGCACAUCACUCCUCAUAUCCCAGAGAUCAACGACAGCAUCCGCACACAAUGCCAGGACAAGAUGCCCUACUGCGGAUUCCCAUGGUUCCUCCCGGUCAAGUUCCUGGUCAAGAAGAACUGGUAUCUCCCGGCUCCUGAAGUCUCUCCUGAAGCUCCGCUGGAGUUCCGGCUCUUAUCCAGAGAGGUGACAGAAUGGGGAAGCAUUAAAAUGACUUUUGAGGUCAAAGGCCCGACCCACAUGUCCCUGUAUCUGCUGCCUGACGCCGACGUGUCUCUGAGCGGGUGGUCAUUCGGUGACGGGACGCCCCAGUUCGACCUCAGCGGGGAAUACUUCAUAUUCUACUCCCACGGCCUCCACGCUCCGGCCUGGAGCUUCUGGUUCGAGAUCCAGUCACCCAGAGCUUCAGAAGCGUCUCCUGACGAGGGCUCGAUCUCUCUGGCCGUGUCCGCUCAUUAUUUCUCCGGUCCGGACCGACGCUCCGACCCGCUCGAGUCGUUCCUGAAGAGAUUCCCUGACUGGACGUUCCCAUCCUCAUGGAUCAGCACAUACCACAUGUACAGAUACUGAGGGCACACUCUCACUCUCACACACACACAGAAACCACUCACUGUGGACCCUACAAGCUCCUUCAUUCACAUCAACCAACGCACAGUGUUUAUUUAUUUUAUUUGUCUGGGUCAUAUUUCAACUCAAAAUCAAAAGGAAAAAAAUAAGUUAAACUACUUUAAAUCAGUAAAUGAUUUUUACUUGGGGAUAAAACGUGUUUAAUUAUCAUUGUAAUUUUUUUUGGGACAUUUUCAUUUUAUUUUUUUUGGAAUUUUCAUUGUUUCAGUGAGAAAAAAUGAUUUUUUUAUAAUUAUUUCAUUUACUUUUAGUUUUAAUUACAUUUUUAGUUUUAGUUUUAAUAAUUUCAUAAUAAAUGCCAUGACAGAAAUAAUAAGAAUUACAAACAAAAAACAAACAAAAAAAUAUAUACUAGUAUAACUAAAAACGCUACCAUGAUUUAUUAAUACUUUGAAAUUUAAAUAAUACAAUUCAGUUUUUUUUUUUUUAUUACAAAAAUUCAUGUUUAAUUGUCAUAAAAAUAACGCGAUUUUGAGGUUAAAUGUGACGGUCACAUGAUCUCGAGUGGUUUCUCGGGAUUGGCUCUCAGUGUUUCUGUGGUCAUGUGACUCAGCGGGUCUGUGGUUUCGGCAAGUCUUGUAGUUUCUCGUCUCUCCGUCUGAGAGAUUCACUGGUUCCAAUGGAACGCACACAACGAGAGAUUCAACGGCAGCGGUUUCGCCGAAUCACGACAUCACGAGUCAGCAAAUCCUGAUGUCAUUUCCUGUCGGUGAUCUCGUUAUGACGACGGUCAUUCAUCCUAACAAACAUGCAAAAACUUCAAUCACAAGUGCUUUUUUUAUUGAUUCGUGUUUUUUUUUUAAGCAUUGGACAGUUGUUCAUAUUUGUAUAUUGUUGUUUUGUUUUUUUUGUAUCAUUUUUGAAUGAUAAUGAUGAAUGAAUGAUCAAGCUUCUUCUGGAUUGAACUGGAUUUGAAGUCUUAAAUUCUUUUAUUAUUAUUAUUACUGCAGUAAAUCCAAACUUCAGAGUCUGUAUUGGACUGACGAUGAAGUUACUGCAGCUUUACUUGAGUUACAGGAGCUGGAAAGUUCCUGCUGUUUGAACGGUUCUUCUCGUAAUAAAGAUUUCGUGCGACAGGAUUGAACUGGAUUUACCGAUGAAAGUUGAUCUCAGUACAUCUGAACGAUUUCAAGCUCUUUUGAGAGAGUAAACUGACAGUUUCACUCACACUUUACAAUAACGUCCCAUCUGUUAGUUACGAUACACUCGCUAACAACAUUUUUACAGCAUUUAUUAACACAACUUGUGCAUUUCAUAAUGUUAACUUGUGGCCCUCUAGUGGUUUCAAGUAAAACUGCACGUAUUUUGCAGAAGAACAUUGUUGUGGCAAAUGAAUAUGAAUAAUAUUAUUAUUCUAUUGCCCAUAAAACAUACGGUCAAGAGAUAUAAAUAAACGUUACUGUGGCUUUACGCAUUAAUACAUGGUACUUUGAAAGUAAAGUUAAGAUUAUUACACGCAUUAAUGAAUGUAGUCAACAGAGGGAACGUUAUUAUAAAGUGUCACCACAUUAUUAUUAUUAUUAAUGCUGCUGUAAUUACAUUUCUGAUGGUUAUUUGACGUUGUUCUGGGUUUGAUGAGCUGCUUUUGUCUAAUGAAUCGAGCACUUUUUCAUUGUAAAAUCUAAUUUCAAAUCAAACAAGUGGUUCUUUGUCUGAGAUUUCAAAGGAAAUAAACUGAUAAGCUAGUGAAUGUUUGAUUAAUGCUGUUGAUUAUUAUAAUAACCUGCUUUUGUGUUUUUAUUUGGGAUGAAGUCGAUGUUCAAUGAGAAUUAUUUUGUUCUUCUGAAACGUGUAUUAAUCCAUGAUCUUACGGGAGCUUUGACUAAUAAACCAGGUGUUCAUUA